AUGGCUAGCACACCUGCUCCUCCACCAAAGACCAGACUCGGCCAUCAUAGAGUUCUUGGCCCCAACUGCUCCCUGAAGGUCUCACCACUCUGUCUCGGAGCAAUGAACUUCGGUGACAUAUGGUCUGUUCUCACCUCCAUCACAGGUGCUUGUACAAGAGAGACCACUUACGCCAUUCUUGACGAAUUUCACGAUGCCGGUGGAAAUUUCAUCGACACUGCUAACAUGUACAUGGCUGGCGAGUCGGAGGAAUGGCUAGGUGAUUGGAUGGUUGCCCGGGGCGUGAGAGAUGAGAUGGUCAUCGCCACAAAGUACACCUAUACCUACAAGAUCCACGAGUUGUGCCCCCCUGGGACAAUCACCUCCAAUUUUGGUGGUUCGAACAAGAAGAGUCUGCGAUUGUCCUUGACAGAGAGCUUGAAGCGAUUAAAGACAGACUAUCUGGACAUACUCUACGUCCACAAUUGGGACGGGGUGGCUACGAUCCCAGAAAUGAUGAGAGCUCUGGAUGACGUGGUCAAGCAGGGCAAGGUGCUCUACUUGGGCGUCUCUAAUUGGCCCGCCUGGUUGGUCGUCAAGGCGAAUGACUAUGCUCGGCAGCAUGCCCUAACUCCGUUCGUUGUCUAUGAGGGCCUACUGAAUGCUGUGGCUCGAGACAUCGAGAGAGACGUUCUGCCCAUGUGCUUAUCAGAAGGCCUUGCUCUGACAGUUUGGGAAGCCAUGGGAGGUGGGAAAUUCAAGACCAGGAUCGAGAAGUCGCAAGCAGACGGAAGGCCAUUUUAUGAUCUUGCUGGCAAAGGCCUCGAAGCCUACGAAGCGGCUGGCCUCGUCCUGGAGCGAAUCGCGAAGAGAAAGGACACAAAUCCCAUGGCCAUCGCACUACGAUACGUGACAUUGAAAGCGCCGUACAUCUUCCCCAUAAUUGGUGGACGCAAGAUCGAGAACCUGAAAUCAAAUAUCGCUGCCCUUGAUAUUGACCUCACGGAAGACGAGAUGGAGGAAAUCGAGGCUGCUUCGCCAGUGAGCCUUGGUUACCCCCACGUUGUCCUCGCCGGAAGAGAUGAUCAACAUGUCGGGCCCACCAAUCCUACGUUUAUCGCUAUGUGGAGCAGUGGUUUCGAAGGCGUUGAGAUGCCGAAGAUCUCAGACACAGGCACAGAAGAUCGAAAAACUCUUCGUGAAAGGGUAUCAAGGUUGGAAGAGCGGCUGGAUGCCAUUCAGGAUGGAUCUAAAUCCGAUUUCCCCAGCUCAAGCCUCACUGUAGCUGGCCAUGAGGAUCCUCUACCCGCUAGUCGGGACAGCCAAGGUGAAGAUGGCCUCGUCAUGGAUCCGGGGAAGCAUAUGGCUCCCCUGAUUGCGGUCUUGCAAGGCUCAAAUCUUCUCUCGGAUCCUAGUGGAUCAUACUUGCCACUCUUACACCUGCAGGAUCCGCAUGGCGGCAAUGAUGCCGGCCGAAGUACCGCCUUGGGGGCGACGAAAGCCCUGCGAAUAUGUGAAGCACUCCGGAAUACCCUUCCGCCUUACGACGAGUUGUUGUUUCUCCUGUCCAAAGGCGGGCAGUGGUGGGAUCAUUGGAACCAGAAGACCUUUGGUGACACAAUUCAGCAUGAAACAUUGACAGAGUAUGCCAUUCGCGUGUAUGGCGAGAAUAGCCCUACUGACCUGGGAAUGCUGGUCUCGGCCUUCGCUCGACACACUGACAUUGAUCCACUGCGAUUAAUGUCAGUCAUCGAUCAAGUCGUGAUAGGUGACGAUUCUUACGCUGGAACAGUGACGGGAUUGGUUCUCAUUGCAUUCCAGACCAAGAACUAUCUUGAUGCUGGCCAACCUCGUCGUGCGUUCCUGUGUAAUCGCCGCGGAUUGAAUUUAUGCCAGCUGAUGAAUCUCCAUCGCAAAUAUGAGAGCAAGCCGCAGCUCGGUGCUCUCUGGUGGACUCUUUUCCAGGGCGAUCGCUUCUUGUCGAUCUUGCUGGGUGUACCCUACGGCAUGAAAAAUGAUCAGUUUUCCAUCAACCCGAAAUCAACCGGUGGAAUAGUGGCCCAGCCAUUCGUGAUCCGCAUGGGGCUCAUGACUGGAAAAGUGAUCGAUCACACCCAAACAAUCCCAUCCCCGCCGUUCUCCAGGGUCAUUGAUCUCGACGAUGAACUGGAGAAUCUCGCAGCAAGCAAGGGGCCAAGGUGGUGGGACUGCUCACUACCCACAGAGUCUCAUGCAGUAGCCGACUUUCGAACUAGGCUGGUCGAGCAUUGUGUGUUCUUCCUAAGUAAGAUGUACUUGCACCUGCCAUGUAUCCUAAAACCACGAUCGUCGCAUUUGUACAGCGUCAGUCGGAAGACUGGUCUAGACUCCACACGGCAACUCAUCAGCCGUUAUCAUGCUUUGCGGACCCCUGUCAACGGUGAGUCGGUUUUCGAUUGCAAGACCCUUGAUUUCAUUGGGUUCAUGGCUUCUGUCGUGCUUGUUGUUGGCAUUUCCCAUGAACACUCCUCUGGGAGUCCAUCGACGUCGUCGGAUUGGCAACUGGUAAACACAACAGUCUCUCUCCUCGGUCAAUUGGCUGAAGAAUAUAAUUGCACAAUUGCGGAGCAAUGUUACAAUUCUCUAACACGACUGAUUAGCCUUUGCAAGGCACAAGACAGCGACAUUGACUCCGUUCCAGCAAGGUUCGCAAUUCCUUACUUUGGGAUUCUGCACGUCACCGCAAAUACUAAUAGUGCGUUGCGUACUCAUCAAAACCCUUCUCUUCAUGAGACUGCACAGCCAUCAACCAAUGUUGGAGCACACCCCGCUCCGCGUUCCCAGGGGGGUUUUGGAACAAUGAGUGCUACUCUCCAAGCAGACCUGCCCACUAUUGAGUACCAGGGGCUGUACAGUAUGGAAUCAAACCCGAAUUGGAUGAUGGAUGCCCCAGGGUUAUACACAGAAUCAUUUAGUUCGAUGAUGGAUCUUGACCAAGAUUGGGAUACCUUCCUUUACCCGGAGUUGGGGGCGAACUAG